CUGACCCAAUCAUUGCCGCCAUUCCCUUAGGCCCGAGCAGUGAGUUACAUGAAAAAAGCGGUGAAAUGGCGAUGGUCGUUGACGAACUGCCGCCCAACUCCCGCCAAAAGUUGCGACUCGCUCUCCCAAAGCUUCCACUCCACUCUUCUUGCUUUUGGUCUUCGUCGCCUCGGGAUAAAUCCGGCGACCGGCAGCCAUUGAAUUCUUUUAACCCAGUGAAUGCUAACUCUCCGUCCAUGCUUCGUUUCAUUUCUCUCAGUACCCGUUUCCCACUCCUGCCGCCGACCAGUCCCCCUUCUUCGCUCCUUCCAUUUCUUCUCUAAACCUCACUCCCUCCUCCCAAAACCCUCUUCCCCUCUCUUCCUCAAUCCUACUUCCCAGAUGUCGAAUCGCCCAAACGCAUUCGACAUUCUCAAGUCCAACGCCAAAUCCGUCUACAAGAACAAGCCCCAAGCCGAUUCACCCAAGAAGCGGAAAACCCCCGAAUCCGAAAACCCUAAACCUGCCGCCGCUUCUCCCGAUUCAGCGCCCGACGGGAAGGUUCCCGACCCUGAACCACCAAUUCAUGGCGGAGAUUCUUCGGCUGACCAGAAAUUGGAGCUGCCCAAGACGGACGGUACCCAGAAGUCGUUUUUCAUGCCUUGUAGUAGUUCGAAGAAAGCCCGCGCCGACGAUAGGGUCGAGGAAUUGAAGAGCAAGGUUGGGGAUUUGAAGAAGAAAGCCAAGGAGUUUAAGCCGGAGAAAGUGGCGUGUUGGGAGAAGGGAGAGAGAAUUCCGUUCAUCUUCGUUUCGUUAGCGUUUGAUAUGAUUGCUAACGAGAGUGGGAGGAUUGUGAUUACGGAUAUCGUGUGCAAUAUGCUGCGGACAGUUAUAGAUACUACUCCCGAAGAUCUGCUGCCGGUGGUAUACCUCUUGGCAAACAAGAUUGCGCCUGCUCAUGAGGGGAUUGAGCUUGGGAUUGGGGAAGCAAUCUUGAUCAGAGCACUGGCGGAGGCUUACUCGAAGAUGGAGAGGGAUGUUAAGAAGAUGUACCAGGAGAUGGGAGAUUUGGGGCUUGUUGCUAAAGCUAGCCGCAGGACUCAACGGACGAUGUCCAAGCCUGAAUCUUUAACAGUCUCCAAAGUGUUUGACACGUUUCGAUUGAUUGCUAAGCAAUCUGGAAAGGAUAGUCAAGACAGCAAGAGGAAACAUAUCAAGGGACUUCUUGUGGCUGCCGUUGACUGCGAGCCUCAGUAUAUUAUGCGUUUGCUUCAGUCGAAGCUGCGAAUUGGUUUUUCAGAGCAGACUCUUUUGGCUGCUUUAGGCCAGGCUGCUGUGUAUAUUGAGAAGCAUUCUAAACCACCUUCAAAUGUUCAGUCACCUUUGGAAGAGGCUGUGCGCAUUGUUAAGGGAGUCUACUCAGUCCUUCCUGUAUAUGAUAUAAUUGUCCCUGCUCUUCUCAGUAAUGGUGUAUGGAAUCUUUCCAAGACAUGUAACCUUGUGCCUGGUGUUCCUGUUGCACCGAUGCUUGCUAAAUCAACCAAGGCUGUUUCCGAGAUAGUAAAUAAAUUCCAGGAUAUAGAAUUCACGUGUGAAUACAAGUAUGAUGGAGAGCGUGCUCAGAUUCACUAUAUGGAGGAUGGUACAGUUGAGAUAUAUAGCCGGAAUGCUGAGCGAAACACUGGAAAAUUUCCUGAUGUUGUGGCUACAAUUUCAAGGUUGAAGAAGUCUUCUGUGAAAUCAUUCAUUCUGGAUGGUGAACUGGUUGCCUAUGACCGAGAAAAAAAUAAAAUCCUUCCCUUUCAGAUACUUAGUACACGAGCCCGCAAAAAUGUGGUCAUGAGUGAGAUAAAGGUUGAUGUGUGCAUAUUUGCUUUUGACAUGCUGUUUCUUAAUGGCGAACCACUUAUUCAAGAACAGUUGGAAGUUCGUCGAAAGCGGCUGUAUGAUUCAUUUGAGGUUGAACCUGGAUUCUUUCAGUAUGCAACAGCAAUAACUUCUAACGACCUCGAGGAAAUACAGAAGUUUCUGAAUGCAGCUGUUGACUCUAGUUCUGAGGGUUUGAUCAUCAAAACGCUGAAUAAAGAUGCUACAUAUGAACCUUCAAAACGAUCACGCAAUUGGCUAAAAUUAAAGAAAGAUUACAUGGAAAGCCUUGGGGACUCAUUUGAUCUGGUUCCUAUUGGUGCUUUCCAUGGUACCGGGAAGCGUACAGGCUUCUAUGGUGCAUUUCUUCUUGCUUGUUAUGACACUGACAGAGAGGAAUAUCAAAGUAUUUGUAAAUUGGGUACGGGAUUCAGUGAAGCACUGCUUGAAGAACAUUCUACUAGACUACGCACGAAAGUGAUUUCCGAACCAAAGACGUACUACAGGUUUGGAGAGAAGCUGAAUCCAGAUGUGUGGUUUGAGCCAUCUGAGGUAUGGGAGGUGAAAGCUGCAGACUUGACAAUCAGCCCUGUCCAUUGUGCAGCGAUUGGUGCAGUGGAUCCUAACAAGGGUAUUUCUCUGCGGUUCCCUCGUAUGUUACGUGUCAGAACAGACAAGCUUCCAGAGGAAGCUUCAUCAGCCGAGCAGGUGGCGGAGAUGUAUAAUGCUCAGAAGCACAAUCAGCCGAACCCUGAGGCAGAUGAUGAAGAUGAUUAAGCAUCAGAUCUUUCAGCUUUGCAUUUAUAUCACCUUCAAAGUGCAAGUGCCUACGACUGUUGCUAUGUUGCAGCAUAGAUCCUACAGUGCAUUUGACCCUCUUCCAAGAAACCAGAUGGCAAAGUCAUGUCUGCUGCGCUGUAAAGAUUGUGGUUGCAGUAAGUUGAAACUGAGCACCUUGACAGCUUAAACCCCAAGAAAAUUUGUUGUAAGCAAAGAAAAUUUUGGUGUUUGAAACUCAUAGUUGCAUACUUGUAAUGCUAGUGAACUGGGUCUGCUACAGCUCUAAGGUUAGGACAAAGAAGCACUGUCUGAAUCUGCCGUAGAAUUAACUGGAUUUUGGAGAAUGAAUCUAAUCAAACGAACGGCGCAGAUUAUAUUUGGUGUACAGUUCUAUCUUGCAACCUGUUGUCCCAGUUUAUUUGAUAUACAGUUAGGCUUUGUAUGUUGAUGAAUGGUACAGGUCUCUUGACUGGAAGUUUCUUUUAUGUUCUGGAGUUGCCAUAUUUGGCGGGAGAAGUCAAAGCACAAGUCUCUGGACUCUGAAGCAUCUGAUAUGAUGAACGGGAUUUCCGCUUAGGGUCCCCCAAACGGCUAAAUAGGUAAGGAAGUAGAAAGGUUUGUUUCUUUGUCUGGGCAAAUGGGAGGAGCCAGAAGUAAGACAGUAAUUUGCUGUCAGCGUUUCAGGGACUUUUGGUCCAAGUCUGUAAUCUUCUGCCGUGUUGACCAAGGAAACAUGUCAUGAAAUGGCGGCCUUUUAGGGUGUCCCAGGCUCCCAGCAGCAGCUGACAGCCAACUUCCAGUAGCAGAUAUUGGGGUUUGCCCGCAGCUUCACGUUCUAUCAGGUCUUCUCGAGUUCCCCUCCUUUCCCCGCCACAUGCUUCUCUUGCUCUAGUUUUGCUAGCAUGAUGAACAGAGUGGCGCCAACAUAAACUGAUAAAGUUGGA